AUGAAGAUCCUUUUCAUCCAGACAGGCGGAACAAUCGACAAGGAUUACCCAAGGAGCAAAGGAGGAUAUGCGUUUGAGUUUGGAGAACCAGCAACAAAACGAUUAUUGGAGCGGCUUGGUCCUUCUUUUUCCUACGAAGUGGUGACCGCAUUCCAGAAGGACAGUCUGGAAGUCACUGAUGCUGACAGAGAAAUUUUGGCAAGUCUGAUUGAAGAGCAUUCGGAAGAAAGAAUCAUCAUCACACAUGGAACCGACACAAUGAUUGAAACCGCGAAGUUCUUGGCAUCCCGGGAAUCCUUGGCAGGCACGAGACGCAUUGUAUUGACUGGUUCCAUGCGGCCGGAAAGAUUCAGUAACACAGAUGCACCAUUGAAUGUUGGUUCUGCUAUGGCUGCCGUCCAAAUCCUUCCCAAGACUGGUGUAUAUGUUACAAUGCAUGGAGUUGUUCGAGAAGCACAUGAGGCAAAGAGAGAUGAUUCUGGGCAGUUCAUAUAG